UGAGAGGGCUUGUCUGUACGAUAAACAUAAACAAACUCAAAAGCUUCAGCAGCAGCCGCAAUACACCAAAUUCCGAACAGAUUUGUUUUGCUUCUCCGGACCUGUCGAGGAAGGACCUUGAAGAUCGAGAAGAUUGGAGGGACUGCUGCCUUGUAACCCGAAGCCGCGGGACGUUUGAACGAAGCUAAUAUGAUGGAAAUCGACCAUCCUCCUGCCACUUUUUCAAAUGACUCGGUUAAAAAGGAGGAAGCGGAGCCGGACGGAGAGGAGGAGCGUCGGCGAGGCGACUUCUGCGUCAGCAUGCGUUACCUGUGCGCGUACUGCGGCACGCGUCCAGGCACGGGGGCCGCGGCGGGUCGGAACGCGUUCUGCUUCCACACGUGCAGCUUCAGCAAGCUGCUCGAGCACAUGCAGGUGGCGCACCCUGACGCGGCGUUCCGCUACAUGCGGACGGUGACUGUGCGGUGCUACCACUGCGACAGGUCGUACCAGCUGCGCGACUUCCAGCUGCACAUGCAGCGCAUGCACUGCGGCCAGUUCUCGGCCAUCGUGAGCAUCAACCUGUGCGGCAGCUGCCACGACCACUGCGACGACCGCGAGCUGAUGCUCAAGCACGUCAUCGACACGCACCGCAUCCCCAGGCUGCUGGCCGAGCGCAGCAUCAAGUCGUGGAUGGUGUGCCUGCUGUGCGGCGACAGGUACGAGCUCAACGCCGCCGCCGCCCACGACACGCAAGUCGAGCAGCACGUCUGCCGCUCGUUGCUCUGCUCCCUCGACGACAUGCUCGCGCUCCCAGGACAACACCCGCCCCUCGACGUCCACCACAAUUAUCCCAGCGACCAAGAAACUCCGCUCAUUGACCUGGUAGAGGACAUGUCGGACGAGACACCACACACCAAACUUGCCGGUUCAAAGCCGAUUGAUGUGGACGUGAUUAUGACGGCGAAAACGAGUGAGCCGUCGACGAGUGGCGCAAACCGGAGGCAGGAGAUGGACGCAACGAGCUACACGUGCGGCCGCAAGGAGUGCGCUGAGGUGCUGCGCUCCGUCAAAGAACUCGAGCGGCACUUGCGGACGCACCUGAAAGAAACGUGCAACACUUGCAACAUCCAGUUUGACGGGCCGAUCGCGGUGCAAGUGCACCGAGCGGUGUACACCGAUCACAACAUCGACGUCGACCCCAUGGCUCUGGACUUUUUGAAGGCCAAUGUCAGAGUCGCGCACAUCGCGGGCAGCAACAAAAGAGACCACAGUGCCGACAGAGUUGAUUCAAAAGAGAAAAGGCGGAGGAUCGAGCAAACUAAGUAAAGACUGGAGGUCUUUAUUCGCCUUAUUACGAUUAUUGUGAUCAUUGAGAAAAUCGUCCAGAUUGUUACGGAACCAGAACUGCACAGUUCCAGUCGUUACCAUUUUUACUCUUGUUUAUCUCAUGACGUGUUCUCGUUCACUUUGGAACUUUGUCCUUGUUGCUGUUGAACCGUUUUCUAUCUGCGUGCAAGAUAAUUUCGAGCCAAAGGCAUUUGGAAAUUUUUGCACUUUUGAAAAAAUGUGUAAGCUAAAAGCGCACUUAAAUGAUUCCUUCAGUAGAAGUCGAAUGUACCGUAAUCAGAUUGAAACGGGUUUUUAUAAAACUGACGGGAAUUAUAGAAGAUGUAUAAUCGCUGUAUGCCCAUCAAAUAAAGAUGCAGACUUAAAUUAACUC